AUGCCUCCACCAAGCCCACUUGCCAUCGCGACAUCCUCGCUCCAGCGAUUGGUGAAGGAGGAUGCGUCUUACUACAAGGAGCUUGAGAAGCAGGAGGCGCGCCUGAAGAGGGUGGAGGAGAGCACGGAUGAGGAUGAGAAUAGGGAGUAUACCCUGAAGCAAGAGAGAGCAGCUAUUGAGGAGACCAAGGCUGUCUUCCCAACGCUCAAGCAGCGGAUUGAGGAUAACCUCGAGAAACUACGUGAUCAGGUUGAGAAGGCGCUGGAGAACCCCGGGGAGAAAACUGAGGAGGAGGUGGUGAAGGCGAAGAGCGCGAUUGAGAGCGCGGAGAAGGCGUUGAAGGAUGCUGCGGUGAAGGCGUUAGGUUGUGUGGAUAGGGGAGUAGGUGUGUGA